CGUAGAUGCCCUCUCCUCUCGGACAUACCCUGCACGUCUUUGGAUGGCGUUCGUCCCCAGAAUUUGGAUGAAAAACGUUUGUUUUUAAGAAAACUUUUAUCAGCGACCGGAUUAGCUGCAUUACAUGCGCGUUUGAAUGUGUGGUAAAAUGAACAUUGGUCACUGGUUUUGAAAAUCUCGACCAAAACAAGACAUGGAAUCUAAGUGCAAAGAAAGAAGUCUUUUGUAUCUACUUUUCUUUGCAAUUUGCACAGCCAACGUUUGCUUUUGUGCAAGAAGAUCAAAUGCUCGAAGGUCUGAUCGCCUGAGUCCUCCAUUAGACAUCCAGCUGGAGACAAUCAACUGCACUGCCUUCAGUGUACGAUGGAAGAUGCCCCGGAGACAUGUUAGCACCAUCACUGGAUAUAAGGUUUUCUACACAGAGAUGAAGAAUGGCCGUACAGUAGGGACCGCGUCUAUAAUGGAGGUGCCGCUCAGCUUGGACAUGCUGACUACUGGACAAUUUGAUGGACAAGCAAGCUUUGAUGUUGACAUCAGUAACCUGAAGGUGAACACUAACUACAGAGUCAGUGUUGGAGCAUAUGGCUGGGCAGGGGAGGGAAGACCCAGCAUGCCCAGAGACAUCGGCACUGCUUCACAGGAAAUGUGCAUGCCCCCUUCACCCCCCUCCAAGCCCACUGUCAUGGCCGUAUCCGACACAGAGCUGGCGCUAUCGUGGCAGCAAGGCGAGAGUGACGGAAGCGCACCUGUUCUUCACUUCCUGGUGGCUUACAUCAGGCCAGAAAUGGACACAGAGUGGACAUAUAUUCGUGAGCCCAUUGAGACUAACUCCAUGGUUCUCAAAGGGUUACUUCCAGAAACAGAGUACCAGUUUGUUGUCAGGGCGGUCAACAAACACGGAGUUAGCCCACCCAGUUCUAUCAACAACCCCGUGCGCACGCUCGCUUCUUAUGGCAGACUUCUGAACGGAGGAGACACUUUUCAGUAUGUGGUGCAGCAGCCUCGGUACAGACUAACAGGUGCAUCAGAUGUCGGCAGCGGUGAUUAUGGGAGUUACAUCACAGAUCCUGGGGUCAAAGAUGAAGAUGGCUUUGACAUUGAUGACUCUGAUUAUGAUAUCUUCAUUGAAGAGCUGAAGCCAUUUCCAGGUAUAAGUCAGGACAACAGGAAGUCCCAACUGCGUUCACACUCUGGUCCCCCAUCUGGUCGAAAUGUUGUUUACCGCAUGAACACCAUGACUCCUCCAAAUGUUACAGCUGCACCAGUUUCCACCACCACAUCAUCCAUCGUUUCAGAAUUUACAGAUCUGCUGUUCCCAGUCACUUCACAGCCCAGUAGCACUCUUGAGACCAAAACUACUGCCCCACUCACACCUACCAGCAUCCCUUUGUCAACCACCACACCUACUACGACCACGUCCCCCUGGAAAGGCGAGGUACCUCGUAUGUACGACCUGAGCUGUGAUGAUACUGUGUGUCCGCCCGACAGCUUCUGUCUCACUGAUUACGAAAGCGGCGGUUCGCGCUGCCACUGCAACCUUGGACGAAGAGGGGACACGUGCUCUGAGGCGUUAACAGUGAAGUUUCCCAGAUUCCAUGGCCACUCUCACAUGACCUUUGAACCCUUAAAAAACUCUUAUCAAACCUUUCAGAUUACUUUGGAGUUUAAGGCAGACUCUGAGGAUGGGUUGCUGCUGUACUGUGGAGAGAAUGAACAUGGCCGUGGAGACUUUACUUCUUUGGCUUUGGUUCGGGGGAAGCUUCAUUACAGGUUUAACUGUGGUACAGGAGCAGCUCAGAUAGUCAGUGAGAGCCGCAUUGUUCUCGGUCAGUGGCACACAGUAACUGUCUUCAGAGAUGGCAUGAGUGGCUGGCUCCGUAUGGACAACGACACACCCAUAUCCGGACGAUCACAGGGUCAGUAUAGUAAGAUCACUUUCCGCUCCCCAUUGCAUGUGGGUGGAUCUCCAAGCGCUUACUGGCUGGUUAAAGCGACAGGGACAAAUCGUGGCUUUGUUGGCUGCAUGCAGAGUCUGACCAUCAACAAUAAGGCUACAGACAUCAGGCCCUGGCCCCUGGGCAGUGCUCUGAGUGGAGCUGAUAUAGGUGAGUGCAGUGACAAUGUGUGUGACCUGGUCAGCUGUGCCAAUGGCGGAGUCUGCUUUGCAAAUCGUGCUGAUGGCUACAUCUGUCUGUGCCAACUUGGCUUCAGAGGAGCACUUUGUGAAGAGAGUUUCUCACUGUCCUCGCCACUCUUCAAUGAAACAGUGUUUUCAUAUGCCGUCAUCCCAUGGCCUCAGUCCGCACAGAGUUACCUGUCCUUCACUGAGUUUGAGGUGACGUUUCAGCCGUCAGCCCCUGAUGGAGUGCUGCUGUACAGUGAUGACGCAGGGAGCGGGGACUUCCUUGCUAUAAACCUGGUGGACAGAUAUGUAGAGUUCAGAUUUGACUGUGGCUCUGGAGGAGCUGUCAUAAGGAGUGAGGAGCAGAUAAGUUUGGACUCAUGGCAUGAGCUAAGAGUAUCACGUACAGCAAAGAGUGGUAUCCUUCAGGUGGACAGCCAAAGACCUAUGGAGGGGAUUGCUGAGGGCGCUUUCACUCAGAUCAACUGCAGCUCACCUCUCUAUAUUGGUGGCGUGCCAGAGUACGAUAAAACCAAGCGGACAGCAGGUGUAAUAAAACCCUUCACUGGCAUUAUUCAGAAGCUAAUACUCAAUGAUCGCACCAUCCCCAUAACAACUGCAACUGCUGGUGGAGUUAAUGUAGCCAAUUCUGCACACCCUUGUGUGGAAAGUCCAUGUGCCAAUGGAGGAUCCUGCAGGCCAAAGUGGGAUGGAUAUGAGUGUGACUGCCCUCUAGGGUACGACGGCAGGCAUUGCCAGAAAGAGUGUGGGAAUUACUGUUUGAACACUGUUACUGAAGCCAUAGAGAUUCCACAGUUCAUCGGAAGAAGUUACCUGACCUAUGACAACAGAGAUAUCCUUAAAAGAGUAUCUGGGUCCAGAACCAGCCUUUUCAUGCGCUUUAAGAGCACAGCUAAAGACGGGUUGUUGCUCUGGCGAGGAGACAGUCCAAUGAGACCCAACAGUGACUUCCUUUCUAUGGGUCUUCAAGAUGGCGCUCUCAUCUUCAGUUACAACCUGGGCAGUGGUGUAGCCAACAUUGUCAUCAAUGGGACCUUUAGCGAUGGAAAGUGGCACAGAGUCAAAGCUGUGAGGGAUGGCCAGUCAGGAAAGCUGACUGUAGAUGACUACGGGGCAAAGACAGGCAGGGCGCCUGGUAAAAUGAGACAACUUAAUAUCAAUGGGCCCUUAUAUGUUGGUGGCAUGAAGGAGAUAGCGCUUCACACAAACAGACAGUACAUUGGAGGCUUGGUGGGCUGCGUGUCCCACUUCACACUGUCCACGGACUAUCACUUAGCGCUGGUGGAGGAUGCUGCUGACGGCAAGAACAUCAACACCUGUUCCAACUAGUGAAUGACUUCGGCAGAUUAAGAUUAAGAUAAGAUUUUCCAACCGAAUCAUCUGAUUUGUCAUCUUAAAGCUCACUUACCAGCAACAAAUCAGUAAAAACUGAAAUUAUAAUUUGUGGUUGUGUUUUCUUUUUUGUACCAAUUCAGAUCUGAUGACCCUGAGAGGAUUUUUAGAAAGCACAAGUACUUUGUGAAAAGAGGGAGAAAAAAGCAAAGCAUUAUGUUUGAUGAGGAUCUUUAAAAAAAAAACAUUUGAAGGACUUUUUCAUUGGAUGACUCUAUUUGUAUCUUUAUUUCUUUUCUUUUUUUCUACUGUAAAUCCUUAUUUGAUUGCUGGAAGAACCAAGUGAUCCAAGGGAUCAAAAGUCAUCAUGAACCUGACCUAGAACAGCGAGCAGAGAUAAACUUCUUUUAGAGGAUUUUGGUUCUAGGGGAUUUCUGUUGUCUUUGUUGUUGUGGCAUUUGUAUUCUUGUUCGUGAUGUAUUAUCAGUCUGUAGACAGAUAUUUUCUAAAAUCUGAUGGAUGUCAGUUUUUAACAACGUUUCUAGUUUUGGAGGGUAAAUACGUCAGCUACGCAAAAUGUUGGUUUUAACUUUCUUCUUUUAAUUCACUUGGUCUUUCAUUUUGAUCUCCCAGAUGUUAGUAACAUGAAAGUCUAAUGUUGAUAUGGUGAGGCAGAUCAAAUCCUCAGUAAAUUAUGUGUGACAUACUGUUGCUGUCAUCUGACACAAACCACAGUGCUGUUGACAUCAGCCUUUGAAUUGUUGCUUGGUAACUCUUGAUUAUAUUAUCAAAAUGAUUGAUCUACUUAUUCUUCAUGCCUGAACUUUAUCCUUUAAAAGGGGCAUUCUGCGAAUACCCCAUUUGCAUCUUAUGAUCUAUUUGGUAUGUUUCUUGUGAUGGUCACUCCCACAAAGCCAAGACACUGUUGUCAAAAUACACUGGUUUGCCCACGGGAGAUAUCCCCUUGUUUCAAAGAAAGUCUGUGAUGCUAAUCCUGACAUUAUGAAAAGUGUUUCAAAAGAAGCAAAACUAAUGAAAUCACCAUGUGACUGUGAAUGUCAGCGGUAUCAGCUGACUUCAGCCUCAGAAUAAUUACAAUAGGUUGACUGUACAGAACAUGUAGUAUGUACCGGCUGACUUUAAAAGCUAAAUAACCAUAGAUCGUAGAAAAAUGAAAAAUAUUAAUGUGUCGAUGAUCCCGGAUGCUGUGUCUAAAUGUCCAUUUAAAGCUUUAACUUUAAAUUGACGCUGCCGUACUAGUCAGAUAGUGAGGGCAGGAAAUCAGUCUGUAGGCCUGACCUGUGCAUAGCCAAAAUGGGAGAAGUAAGACGGACAUCGCGAAUGAAUGUGCACACAAAGAAAACGUACUACUCAAGCCUUAAUGUCUCCCUAAUUAUGUACUCCUGAAAAGGAAAGCAGACAAUUAAGUGCAUCAAAGAGGUGUGUCAAGAGGUCGUCCUUUGUUAUGUGACUAGAGACUGAUUGUUGGCGCUUUGGGAAGUAUGCUUAUUCGGGCUUGUAGACUUGUCCUAUUACAAGAUGAUGAAAUACGUAAAGUAAGCUUGUAUAUGUUUUGGUAUAUUGUGACACCCUCUAAAUAAAGUCCAGUCAAACAGAUUAAACAACUU